UUCCGUAGUUUAGCUGGCCGGUGGCUCCGGAUUCAAUGCUUCUAACAUAUUUUGUACUUCCCCCAAAUAUUUGAUUCUUUAGAAAUCCAUAAUUAUGAAUAUUCAGCCUUCGAACCCAAAUAAUCCCAUCGUGUUCUUCGACGUGACCAUCGGUGGCCAGGAGGUUGGAAGAAUGAAGAUGGAGCUGUUUGCUGAUGUUGUUCCAAAAACGGCCGAGAAUUUCCGACAGUUCUGCACUGGAGAGUUCAGGAAGGAUGGGGUCCCCAUUGGGUAUAAAGGCUGCACGUUCCACAGGGUUAUAAAGGACUUCAUGAUCCAGGGUGGGGACUUUGUCAAUGGUGACGGCACUGGCGUUUGCAGCAUCUACAGGGGUCCGUUCACAGAUGAGAACUUCAAGUUGAAGCACUCGGCGCCAGGCCUCCUGUCCAUGGCGAACAGUGGCCCAGGAACCAACGGCUGCCAGUUCUUCAUUACUUGCACCAAAUGUGACUGGCUGGAUGGGAAGCAUGUUGUUUUUGGGAAAAUCGUGGAUGGUUUGCUAGUGAUGAGAAAGAUCGAGAACGUGCCCACGGGUCCCAACAACAAGCCCAAGCUUCCCAUCGUCAUUGCCCAGUGUGGAGAAAUGUGACCUCUGACCUGUCAUCUCACUUGACAGUAACAUCUUCACCUGCCUUUUCUACUGUCAGUUAUUUUGUUAGCUCAUUUGCUCUUUUUCUGAUUGUCGGUCCUCAGCAGCACAGAAAGUGAUUUCAAACAAUAUAGAGACUAUUUAAAACUGAACUAAUAUGGAUGUAAAACUGGCCCUUGUGCAACGCAUGAUAAAGAAUGGAAAUAUAUUCUCACAUUUUUAAUGACAGCACCCGGAGUGAUAAUGGGUAUAAUCUGAUGUGUUCAGUUUCAACAAAUGCAAAAUCUCCACAAAUUAGGUUCUGAAAUU